AUGGCCCCUAUCGAGGAGACUGGCGAUCAGUUCGCAGUCCUCCCCAUAAAGAUCCCAGCGACGCCAUCCUACCCGGAAACGGCCAUCCACGAGAUCCGCGUCCGACGAAAUGCGCCCAAGAUCCCAACGCCAAACGACUCGCGAAGUCUGUUCCUGAAGAACAUCCCCGUGGACAGCACAGAACCCCACUUUCGCGCUGUCUUUUCAGAGCUCGUGGGCGCCGGGCGCUUCGAGAGCAUCGCCUUCGAGGACGAGACCCGGAGGGCGCUCCCAAUCGAUCCCGCGCAAGCCAUAAAGGUCGCGGGCUUUGCGCGCAAGAGGAAGCGCGGUGAAGUCGAGGCAGAGGAGCAAGACCGUGAAGAGCAGGCGGCUCAGCUACCACAGAUCUGGACUCGUCGAGUGCAGCGAAGCAGUAGCACAGCCAUCGUGCUUCUCGCCGACGACAAGAGUGUGCAAUUGGUGCUCAAGGCCAUCGCAAAGCUUCAAAAGACAAAGAAGUACCCAUCAUGGGGCAAGGGCGUGUCUGACGACGUCCCGGCUCUCGGGUCUUCAUGGAUUGCCUCCCAUCUACAGCUCUCUCGUGUCGACAAGCCAGCCACCCAGAAGGCUGUGCACGCCUUCUUCAACACCUUCAACCGCAAGGAGAAGGAAGCGGCUGAGCUGGCCAAGCGCCUCCGCAACGAACCUGACGAAGAUGGCUUCGUGACAGUGACGCGUGGCGGACGAGCUGCUCCAGCUAGCCGCAACGAGGCCGAGGAGGCCAAGAGGCGAAUGAUUGAGAAGGACAGUAAGAAGAAGUCAGAGAUGAAGGACUUCUACCGCUUCCAGAUGAGAGAGAGGCGGAAGGCUGAGCAGGUGGCUCUGCUUAAGAGAUUCCAGGAGGAUAAGAAGAAGGUGGACGCGAUGCGGGAGAAGAGGGGGAAGUUCCGGCCUGAAACAUGA